ACACCAAAACAACUCAACUACAACUUGCAGAAGUCUUUGUUUAUUUACAUUUAAAAUUGAAUUCAGUAACUGAAGUCGAGUUAGGUUGAGUAUUGAGCAUGUCAAUUUUAUUCCCAUUGUUUAAAAUUAAAAAGGUUUAUUGUGCUGUGUAUCAUGUCAUCUGGCGUUAUAGUUAAUAGCUGGACAAAGCUGCUUCGAAUGUGCCAAAUGAACAAUAUCAUAAAUACUUGCUUUAUGAAUGAUAGUGAUAGAGUACUACAAUAUGGUUCCUUAGGCUCACUUUUGAAAAGAAAUGUAUUUAAUACAUGGCUCUCUUCUUUGAUAAACAAUAAUGAAGUUACCAUUUUCCCCCUUGAAAUUGUAAAUUUACAACAAAAUUCAGAUUUUAAAAUCACAGAAAAAAAUAAUGAUGCAUUUAAAUAUAUUAUGAAAAACUUCUUUGAAUCCGAUUCUUUAUUUGGACAUGAUCUUCCUCUUGGAUUUGCUGCAUAUGGACCUUGCUUAAAUCAGUUCAACAAGAAUAUUAUGCCCUGUCAAGAAAAAGAUUUUGAAUUUCAAAAGUUUAAAUCAUGGACUCGUUUAUGCAUUGUUUUUUUCUCUCAACCAAAGAAAUCUACUCAUUGGUUUCAUUACUGGUCUAAACAGCGAUAUUUGUGGUGGAGAAAAUUUUCUAGCAUCCCUUCUAAAUUUUCAAUGUCUGAAGUAAAGAAUAUUGAAAAAGACAUCCAACAACUGUCCCUCCUACAUGAAUUUCCUUGGGGACAUGAACCACUUGAAUCUAUUACACAUUAUGAAAGUAGAUGCGUUGAAAGCCUGUUUCAAGAUUUCUGCAAGACGAACAAAUUAAAAUUCAAUCCAGAUUCAACACCAUCUUUAAUAGUUUGCGAAACUAAAUUGGAUUUAGCUGUGUUAGCAUAUUUGUCAAAUUCAUAUGCUGAACGAUGGAGGAAAGGAAAGUUAAAAAAUAUUCUGCAUUUACACUUCAAAAUAGUGCCAUAUAAAGUUUGUAUUUUAUUAGACGCAGAAAGUUCUGAAAUUUUGAAAAGAUUGAAAAAUCUUGCUAUUCAUUUAUCAAAAGAGCUUCAAAAGUCAGGCAUACUCUUGUUUCCCACCCUCAACUCCAAGUUUACAACUUCUUUAGAAUCUCUAUUUAGCAGCUUUGAUGAAAUGGGUGUGCCUUACAUCAUUGUUUUGAAUGAAACAUCUCUGCAAUCUGGUAUUGCCGGACUUCGUAAUCGAGACACUACUUUACAAGAACAAGUUCACAUAACUGAGCUCACUUCCAAAUUAGUAAAGUACUUAAAAAGCUGACCUUUGUGCUCAUACUAGUGUUGUAUAUGUGUAUAUAGCUGACAUUUGUUAAUAAAUUAUUUAUUUGUUGUCUUUA